CUCUUUGUGCACAUCGGGCAGACGAACCCCUCGUACAGCGAUCCGCUGCUGGAGGCCGUGGACAUCCGCCAGAUCUAUGACAAAUUCCCCGAGAAGAAAGGUGGCCUCAAGGAACUCUAUGAGCGGGGACCCCAAAACUCCUUCUUCCUCGUCAAAUUUUGGGCGGAUCUGAACAGCACGAUCCAGGACGGGCCGGGGACUUUUUACGGCGUGAGCAGCCAGUACAGCAGCGCAGAGAACAUGACCAUCACGGUCUCCACCAAGGUGUGCUCCUUCGGGAAGCAGGUCGUGGAGAAGGUGGAGACAGAGUACGCGCGGCUGGGGAACUUCGUCUACCGCAUCCACCGCUCGCCCAUGUGCGAGUACAUGAUCAACUUCAUCCACAAGCUCAAGCACCUCCCGGAGAAGUACAUGAUGAACAGCGUCCUGGAGAAUUUCACCAUCCUGCAGGUUGUCACCAACAGGGAUACCCAGGAAACCCUGCUCUGCAUCGCCUUCGUUUUCGGCGAGCACAGCGCCCAGCACCACGUGUACAAGUUGGUCAAGGACUAG